AUGGAUACAGAAUCGAAUCAAAUUGCAUCUGCCUGGCUGUCGCAGCUCUCCUACUCCCUCGAGCAGAAAGAUGCGGCAAGCUGUGCAUCGCUCUUCCAUCACAAUGGUUGGCUGCGAGAUCUCCUUGUUUUUACUUGGAACCUGCGUACUUUAAAUGGCCAUGGUCAAAUCUUAGAUUACCUGUCCUCCAACAUGGAGUCGACGACGAUAUCUGAACUCGAAAUCAAUUUACAAGAUGUAUACUUCAGGCCCUCUCCGGGAGAUCUCCCUGGGAGUGUGUCCUCUGGAUUCACAUUUUCCACGCCGAUCGCGAAUGGGAGAGGACUCUUCACGCUGACACGGGCAGCUUCAGAGCCGGAGGUUUGGAGAGCGUUUACCUUGCUCGUUUCGCUGGAUAGUCUCAAAGGCCACGAACCAAUUGGUGCCGAACAAGGCGUUUAUCAUGGUAAUUCGUUGUGCUGGUCAGAGGUGCGAGAGCAGAGAGCGCGUAUAAUUGAGGCAAAUCCACAUGUGCUUAUUGUGGGUGCUGGUCAAAAUGGACUCCAAGUUGCUGCUCGAUUCAAGCAAAUGGGUAUACCUACUCUUAUGAUCGAUAAGAACGGGCGCAUCGGGGAUCAAUGGAGAAAGAGAUAUCCAUCGUUGACUCUACAUACUACGAAGCAACAUCAUACAAUGUUAUUCCAACCGUAUCCUGAAACCUGGCCUCGUUACACCCCUCGAGACAAGGUGGCUGAUUGGUUAGAGCAGUAUGCUGUCUCCCAGGACCUUGUUGUGUGGAUGAAAUCCCAGCUACUUCCAACACCUUCUUUCGACGAAAACAAAAAGGAAUGGGCAGUCUCCAUUGAUAGAGAUGGUCAAAUUAUCACCAUCAAUCCUAAGCACAUUAUCCUGGCCACAGGUACUCUGGGUGGACCAUAUACCCCUGUUAUUCAAGGUCGUGAUUUAUUCAAAGGUCAAAUCCUCCAUUCAGACGACUACACCGGUGGGCCUCAAUUCAAUGGAAAGCGUGUUGUUGUCGUGGGCACUGGAAACAGCGGUGCAGAUAUCGCUUUGGAUCUUCAUGUCCGAGGAGCACAAUCGGUUACUCUGUUACAACGCUCUGUGACUUGUGUUCAGGCUUCGGAAACAGUUAAUGGGAUAACUGAUCAACUUUGGAGACCGGACGUACCGACUGAGGUGGCUGAUUAUCGACGAGCAGGAACACCAUUCAAGCUCAUGAAACAAAUGCUCAGAGAACAAAAAGAUCUUUACUGGGAGAAGGAUAAACAUAUUUUGGAAGGAUUGGCGAAAGCGGGAAUGAAAGUGAACCUCGGCCCUGAUGGCAGUGGUGUAUUUCCUUUAGUGUAUGAGCGCUUUGGAGGGAUGGAUGUAGGAUGCGCGGACCAUAUCAUCGCCGGAGAAAUCAAAGUAAAAUCGGGGCUCGGGGUCAAGAGGUUCUUAGAACACGGUCUUCUCUUCGACGAUGACACGAUACUAGACGCUGACUUUGUGGUAUUUGCAACAGGAUUCGUCAACAUACAGAGUGUCAUGAAGGGAAUAUUCGGUGAGAUUAUAGACAAAGCGGGACCUGUUGGAGGGGUCGAUGAAGAAGGGGAGAUGAAAGGAGCCUAUAGGCCGACUGGAUAUCCAGGGCUCUGGUACGCUCCUGGAGACUUCCAGAUAUCGCGCUUCGGUUCAAGACUGUUGGCAAUCCAGUUGCAGGCAAUCGAGUUAGGUUACAUGAAACAGGAUAUCUAG